CCUGUGGACCACAGUUCUUCAUAGACAGGAGUAACCAGGGCAGGUUUCCUGGAACCUAUGGGAUUUGAUUUCAGUUACUGUGUAAAAUUUGAAGGAGGAGAAAACAUGCUGGAGGGAAUGAUGCACACAGUGAAUCACCACCAAUGUGGAGAACUGAAAGUAUGUUAAUUAAUGCCUGAUUUUUGGGGAGGAGAAGAAGGGAGACAUAAGGAAGUCUAUGAUCAAUAGGAAAAGGUAGUCACUGGGGAGCAAAAAAGAGAAGACAAGAUUUGAGAAGGAAGGUGCACUUCUAAUACAGCCAUGGAAACUUGGUCAGUUGAUCAGGUCUGCAGUUGGUUGGUGCAGAAAAAUUUAGGAGAACUAGUUCACAGGUUUCGAGAGGAAGAAGUGAGUGGGGCUGCUCUGCUCGCACUGAAUGAUCGGAUGGUUCAGCAGCUGGUAAAGAAGAUUGGACAUCAGGCAGUUCUGAUGGACCUAAUUAAAAAAUAUAAGCAAAAAAAUGAAGAACUGACACAACCUUCUGAAAAUUCCAGAGUGAUAAUCCCAUCAAAGCAAGCAGAAGCAGUCCAUCACAGCAUUGAUAAGGACUUCUAUAAUUCCAUCAGCAACGCCCAGCUGGAGACAUCUUUUCAUCCAAAUGAAAACUUUGAUGUUGGACUAAUUGACCAAAGGGUUCUGAAACAAAGAAAAAAUGUGAAACAUCUUCUAGCAAGGAACAAGGCACUACAGUGGACAAAAUCUUAUAUUUUACCGGACUUCCCAUAUGAUGUCAAAUGCAUGUUAACUGAGCAAAAAUGUCCAGAUCACAGCAUGAGGAUAAGGAUCAUUGAGUUUUUACAAGCAGACAUGACAAAGUAUCUCGAAGGAUCAUUGUACCCAACUACCCAACAGUACAAUGAUGUUGUCAAUGCCCUGCUUCAGGCAUACCCAUUCCUUGAUGAAGAUGGCAGUGGUUUUUUUCUGUGGAAACGAGCACUCAAAGACCGCUUCAAAUAUGUUCGGAGACCCAUAGAAGAUGAUGAGCAGGUGAUGAGGAAUAAGUGUAAAUUUGGCCACAGAAAAGGACAGACAAGGAAAUCUCUCACAGAAAUCAGGCAUGAAGAAAUUCAGAUUGUCCAGAUCAAAGAAGAAGAUGUUUAUUUAGAUUCUGAGGCAGAUGAACAUAUUAACUGGUUCCAUCAAGAAUAUGUCAAAGCCGAAAAGAACUGGGUAGAAAUUGACAACAGGAUGAGCCAGACUUUGGAAAUUCGAAGAAAGAUGAUUAACAACAAGACACCUUUGAAGGAAAUUCUCAAAAUGUUUCCUUUCUUGAAGUGUCCUUAUCAGCUAUUCAGAGAAUUCCAGCUGCUCACCAGAACUGACAUUUAUAAGAAAACACGACAGAUUUUGGAGACCUAUUCAGAAAACAUACUGACCUCUUUUUCAGUGGUGGAAAAUCCAAUCACAGCUAUGUUGCAUGAGAGAAUGAAGCAGUUUACAGAUGAAGACAUCCUAAAAUAUAUGAAGAUGACAGCCACAUGUUUACUUCUACCAGAUGUUUUUGGUGAUGAUCCCACCCUAUUUGCUGUUGUGAAUGAAGAGGUGCAAGUGUCAACACCAGUCUUAAAAGUUAAAAACCCUUUCAACAUCAAUGCUUGUGAAUUUACUCUGUACCUUGAAAAAGAAAAACUGACCCAAGUGGAUGACUGCACCAUGGCCCUGGCUGUUCUCAUAGCUGCAUUUCAUGUGUUUGGUGUGCAGUACCCAAGAAGGUUGUAUCACACACUGAACUUUUUAGACACGCUGAUCUUUGAUAUGAGCAGUCCACAUUUUCCUUCUAUUAGAGAAAUGGGAAAUAAUGAAGAACUUCAACAGCCACUCAUUUAAUAACACCCAAAGUACUGUCUUAGGAAUGCCUGUGAAACUUUCUUUUCAAAGUAGAUCGAUUUGUUGUGCAGGGGGCAGAUACUAGAGUAUUGUUGACUAUGUAUAUUUAUAUUAGAGAAGUGUUCAUGGUAUCUGAGUUUUACGCCUCAUUCAUUUUUUCUUACAAUUUAAAAGAUUAAGGUAAUUUUUUAAUGACAUUCCAUACUUUAAUGACUCUGGGAUCUCAUCUACAGACUGCAAACCACCUAAUGCCUUCUCAUUCUGUGCAGUUCUUGUCUGUAUCAUUCCACAGGGAACUGAUCCAAUGUGCUGGAGAUUUCCCUUUAGGUUUUCCUUGCAGUGUAUAUUAGCACAUCACUUAGACUGUCCCAUCUUAUCACUCCCUCUUGCUACAUGACAAGCCUACCUCAGCAUGACACAGUGGAAAGGGAGCUGGAUUUAGAGGCAGAGGACCUGAGUUUGAAUCCUGGUUUUUCUGCUUAUUAUCUGUGUGACCUUGGACAGCACUUGUCUGGGCCUCAUUUCCCUGAUCUCAAAGAAAUAUUAUUAUAUUCAGGCUGAAUUUUAACCAAGCUUGUUGUUAAAAGUUUGAAUUAUAAAAGAAAACUCCGAUGUAAAUGUGACUCACUGAGGUGGGUAUUCUAUCCAAAGAUGCAGAUUGCCACCCUCCACCUCUCACCUACAUGACUGGUCAUGCUGUAUCACCCUCGCUUAUCCAUGCCUUCCUUCAGGUUCAAUGCAGAGGGUUCAGGCAUUGGCCUUUCUCUAAGUUCUCAUAUCAUGAAGAUGCUGAUAGAACAUGAAGACUACCUAAAUAUUAUAUCCCUCACCACGUGGCCAUCGACAGUAGCAGGGAGUGGAUCAGUGACUUCAUCAAUGGGAGCUCCCAGGCUCUCUACCAAAGCCAGCCAGCACUUCCUUUGUAACUUAUAAUCUUAGAGUUGCCUAAAGCCCUGAGAUGCUUAAUGUUCAGAUUCACAAAGACACUAUGUGUAAGAGAUGGGACUUAGUCCUCCUGGUUCCAAGGCCAGCUCUCUUCUCUGACCAGUUGAGUCCCUGAAGACAUUUCUACCUUAAAUAUCUUUUGUGUCAAGGUUUGCUGCCCUCUCUAUUCUUUCACUCUGCGGCCAUGCAAACUUAUUUCACUCUCCUUACCAUGGAAUUUGAUGCCUGUCUUAACAGGAAACACAUAAGAGAUCCUUGCCUGAGCUGUCGCUGUUAGCAAGAUUACCACAUUGUCUUGUAUAAGCUAUAUGUCUACAUUAUACGUGUCAUAUCCCCAUUACUAUAUUGUUAGCUCUCUGAGUGCAAGCACUAUGUUGUUUCGUCUUAGUAUCUCUAUACCUUGCACGCAUUAGGCGCUUAAUAAAUGUUUGUUGAACUGAGUUGCAUUGAGGUCUCCUUGUUGGCAUGUCUGUUGUUCACGUGGUAUACUUGGAUUCUGAAUUGUUUCCUGGAAGCGUAACUCCUCUGCCUUGUGGUACUUUUUAGUUCUUGUGAAAUUGAGAGCUCCUGUUUAUCUGCCCGUUUCCUGACCCAGCAUCCUGUCGUUCUACUGGACUUUUGAUAUUUAUGUAUGUCCUUAAUUCUGCUCUGCCUAACUGGUUUCAACCUACUCUCUUGUCUUGAUAUACCUUAACUAUGUGUCCCUACCUUAUAGACUUUCUUCUCUCCCAAUCCCACUUCCACAUCGGCUACCAGUUUGAUUUUUUCCUAUGCCUAUCCCUCCUCUCCUGCCCUGACUUCAUCUGCUGUUCCUAUACCCACAGCCUGAUGUUGUCCAUAGUCUAAUGCAUUUGUUUGGAAUAAUGGUUUCCUUCCUUUCUCCUCCAUUUUGUUACUGCUUAUAAGGAAUUCUGAGAUUAUAUUUGUUGGAGAUGGGUGAUGAGUGGGAGGUUAUAUACCAGGACUAAUGUAUUUUCACUGUUUUAAAAAAAUGAUAUUUCACCAAGGAAAACAAUUUCUGACAUUUCCUCUUUAUUACAAAAAUGGUAUUGUUAGUUACUACCUUGUAACUAACAAGAAGAUGCAAAACUGUUUUGAAAUGUGAUUUACACAUUUGAAUGUGUCAUAAACAUCGUUUCCUGGAUCACAGAUCCCCUUUGGUAGUCUGGUGAAACCCAUGGGUCCUUUCUUAAUGUUCUUAAAUGCAUAAAAUAAAAUACAAAGGAUACAAGAGAAACCAAUUGCAUUGAAAUAAUUAUCAAAUAUUGAAAACAAGUUAACAGUCCCUUUAGAUUAGAUUUACAAACCCUUGAAUUAGAUUUUAUUUACUAAUUUAAAAAAAUUCUUAGGCUGAAAAGAUGAAAUAAAAUGUAUGAAAUUUGGAGGAAAUAACAGAUAUUCAGGACUUCUUUCACUGGAUUGUAGUGACAAAUCUUGUAUCAUUAUGAUUGCUUUUAAACUCAAGGGACCCUGAGUUCUCAAAGGUUAAGCCAGCAGAGCACAAGCCCAGUCAGUGAUGGACCAUUCUGAGUCUGGAGAUACCUAUCACUAGGUUGAUGAGUGAUCACUGGUCAACUCUCAGUAGGAGUAAUGAAUUAUUCAGCCAUACCAACUCUCAAAAAUCAUCUACCAAGUCAAAGGAAGGCUGUAGCAUACAUCAAUGUUGGGAGAGCCCAUGGUAACAAAAAUCACAGGUCCUUGCAAUAUAAGUAUAAAACUGCUUUAAGCAAUUAAGAGAAUCAUCAAUUCUUUCUAAAAAAGGUCUUUGCCUAAUAACUUAAUCAUGAGAUAUUUCAGAUGAAAGUAUCAGUCACUGAUUCUUGUUGAGAAGAUACAUCUACUACAAAUCACCCCUUAAUUCAAGGGUUCUUAAUAACUUUUCUUGUGUCAAAGCCCCUUUUAACAGGCUGGUGAAUCCUACAGGUCCCUUCUCAGAAUGAUGUUUGCAAAUGCAUAAAAUAAAAUGCAGAGGAUCAUAAAGAAAACUGUCAUGUUGAAAUGAAGAUGCAAUCUUUUUUUUUUCAUCCAAGAUCACUGACCCUUUGUAAUCUAUUCAUGGACCCCCACCCUGCACACCAUCCCCAAGUUAAAUCUUAUUUGGUUAUUCCAAGACAGAAUAUAUACACUGUCUGCAAUAUAUUAUCAUGACAGGCUACCCUUUGCUCCUAAUACACUUUUUUAUUGUCCCUCCAUGACAAUAUCUUCACUUUCUCUUGUUUCACUCUCAUCAGGACCCUACUAUUCCAGAUUUUAUGUGUCCGCAGAUCUAUAAAAGCAGUUAUUUGAGUAUACAAAUCUGAACAUGUAAAAAACAAAAAAAACCUCACUGACAUCUGUGCAGUGAAAUGAAUUGGAUGCUGCAAACUCUUUCCACUGACCUUGUUUUACCUUUCCUGUCAAAGACAUCCAUGUAUCUCAAUCCUCUUCCCCCAGUUUACCUUGUUAACCAGUAUGUAGACUUCCAGAGCAGGGGAUUCUUCAUGUUUGAGGCCAGGGCUCUAGGUAGCCCUUCAUUCUUAUGAGCUGGGGCCUAAUGUCCCUAUCCAAAGAGAUGAAGGUGGAAACAGAGGGAUGCUGAGUAUAUAACAACUGAAGGCCACAGCAAAGGAAUGGAAAUGCCAGCCAGCUUUUGUGGCUGAACUUGACUCAUCUGGUUUCUCUCUGGUGCUUGGUGCUUCCUGUUAACGUUUCCUCUCUGAAAAAAUGUGUCAAAGUAGAUCCUGAAGGAAGUGAAGUCUCUCUGUUUCCUCUCCCCGUAUUCCCCUUUCUUCAGACAUCCCAAAUCCUGCAGCACUGCUAAGGAGAUGUAUGGACUUAAAGUGCAUGUGCUACCUUGAUGAGUCAGAUGAGUCACAAAACACCGAUUAGAAUAAAUGAAACUUUGGAAUAAGAAGCCGUUUCUGAAAUGUCUUUAAGCCACAGAGAAAGCCCGCCAGGUGGAUCAAUUUCACUGCCUAUGAUUAGAGUAGAAGAGCACAUCACUUAAGUAUAGGCAGUGUGACAGACAACUGGGAGUGGUUUUAGAUUUGUGACCCAGCCAUCAGUCUUCCAUCUCCACAGCAUGUUCCUGCUCUUCUGCUGUGACAACCUCUCUUAAAAAGCAUACAAAUGUGAAAAGGCGUCUCCAAUUCAGAUUUUAUUUCAUGUCAGAAGAUAUAACAAGUGUAAUUUGAAUGUACAAAUUCUGAACAAAAUGUUUUAAAAAAAAGUCAUUGAUGCAAAUUCAUGCAAGGAAAUGAAUGGGGUACUGCAGGCUAUUUCACUGACCCUGUUUUACCUUGUACUAUAGCAGAUGAAAAGGGCUGCUAAGAGACCCCCUCAGAAGUCUUCAAAGGAAGUACUAUAUUAGCAGCGCUGGAGAUAUCAAAGAAAAUUUUAUACUAGAA